UCCUCCUCCUCCUCCUCCUCCGCGUCCCCGCUGCUGCAGGUGGAGUUCCCGCAGGUGCCUCGGGCGCUGCUCUCGGGCCUCAACCGGCAGCGCCUGGAGGGGCAGCUCUGCGACGUCUCCAUCCGCGUCCAGGGCCGCGAGUUCCGCGCGCACCGCGCCGUCCUGGCCGCGUCCUCGCCCUUCUUCCACGACCAGCUGCUGCUGAAGAACCUGGACUCCAUCGAGCUGCCCGGCGCCAUGGACCCCGCGGCCUUCGCGGGCGUCCUGGGCUGCGCCUACACCGGGCGGCUCUCGCUGUGCCGGGCCGAGCUGCUGGGGCUGCUGACCGUGGGCAGCGCGCUGCAGAUGUGGCACAUCGUGGACAAGUGCGCCGAGCUGCUGCGCCAGCCUUCGGCAUCGGCAUCGGCAUCAUCGGCAUCGUCAUCGUCAUCGUCAUCGUCGUCGUCAUCGUCGUCUUCGUCGUCGUCGUCGCGCACGAAAUUUUCGCCGGAAUCAAAGGAAUCCCGCACAAAAUCUCGCACAGAACGGGCAGACUCCGGCGCGGGAAACCGAGGGAAUUUUGACCGGGACCGGCGAAAAGGAAGAAAUUUCAACGGGAAUGAAAGGAAUCCCGCACGGAAUUCCGCACAGAAGCUCGGGAAUUUCGCAGGAGAAUUCGGGAAUCCCGAGCAGGACCGGCAGAAUUCCGCAGGGAAACGCGGGAAUUUUGGGCAGAACGGGCAGAAUUCGGGACGGAACCGCCGGAAUUCCGGAGGAAAAUGCGGGAAUUUUGAGCAGAACGGGCAGAAUUCCGGAGGGAAAUGCGGGAAUUUUGGGCAGAACGGGCAGAAUUCGGGACGGAACCGCUGGAAUUCCGGAGGAAAAUGCAGGAAUUUCGAUCAGAACGGGCAGAAUUCCGUGAGCGCGGGCAAGGCGGGCAAGGCCGGGCAGGUGUUCGUGUGCCACUGCGGGAAGGCGUUCUCGCACCGCAGCAUGCGGCAGCGGCACGUGAACAUGCACCUGGGGCUGCGGCCCUUCACCUGCGCCCUGUGCCGCAAGCGCUUCAAGAUGAAACAUCACCUGACGGAGCACAUGAAAACACACACGGGGCUGCGGCCCUACACCUGCCACACCUGCCACAGGUCCUUCAUGUGGAGGGACAGCUUCGUCAGACACCGGGGCGCCUGUGCGGGGACACCUGAGUGACACACCUGAG